AGCCAACGAGCUUUCGUGAAUAUUAAUUUAUAUCUAUCAAAAUUACCAAGCAAAUACUUGAUUUCGCGAAAUCAUUUAUAAUCGGAAUUUUCUAGUUUUACAGUAUGAGUCGAGUCAGUUGAAUAAGCCUGGGCUUUUGCAAUCUAUCAGACGUGUAUGGUGAACUUACUAGCAGCGAACCAUAAUUUGUCUACACAUGAAUUACCCAUCCUUCAGUAGAAGGAGUUACGGAUUCUGGACACCUGCUUUGGAGAACGGAAUGUUAUUACGGACAUCAAGACUAACCUACGUCAACAAGACUAAGGACAUUUCUCCAAAUUAUUCGCACGACCAUGAUCAAAGGAAUUGAGUUAAAGCAGAUAAUAAUUGGAAAAUAACGCAUCAUUGAAGCAUAUGAAAAACUAUAAAUUGAAAAUUUAAUAAAGACAAACCAAAUUUGUGUUUUUGCACCGAAGACAAAACGUACUUUAGAUGAAUCUUGGAUUUUACAUUGCAAAUCGGACACGACUGUUAAAAUGAUGUAGUACCUGUAAAUAGAAAAUAAUCUAGCUUAUCAAAAAAUGAUGGGAAAGCUACAAUUUAUGAAGGAUCAGGGGGUAUUUGUCAUACUUUAUUAAAGGAUUGUGUCAAAGAAUUUGCCGUUACUACUGUCUUUUUAGAAGAUUGAUCACUAGGCAUACAAAAGAAGAUGCUCUAGCUAUUAAAACCUUCACUGGUGGUGAAUGGUUUAAGUAGACAAUCUCCGUAGCAGUUUAUUUGAAAAUGGUUGGACCAACUGUGUUCUUUUGGAUUUGCUUGGCAAUUGUUCCAUUUGCCUGCUUUGGGAACAUCGUACUCUUAAUUGCCUUGUGGAGAUACCCCAAAUUACGUCAUCAAAGUGGAUCAAAUGUGGUAUUUACAGUGGCGCUAGCUGGUUCGAAUCUUGUCACUACAACUGUGAUGUUUCCGUUAAAAUCGAUUGGACAUUUUAUCGAUAGCGAUCUAAGAUUUAAUCCUACAGCGUGCUUGCUUGGAUGCCAGAUGUUAUCAUUUACAGGGAUUUCAUCAGGGUUCAUUCUUGGGUGCAUAGCUUUUGAGAAGUAUAUUAAGAUUCUUCACCCGUUUUUGAACUCCUCCUUCACAACACAGAGAUGUUUGAUUAUCGUCUGCAUUCCUAUUAUGCUUUGGGGAUUUUUUUCAUUUGCGCCUGCGUUUGGAUGGAAUCUUUAUACCCCAGCUAUGAAAGAGACGUACCGUUGUGACAAAGUAUUGAUACUUCCAAUAGCUUACGUUGCCAUUAUCGAAGUCUGGAUAGGGAUUAUAUUUCUCCAAACUGUUUACUGCUACGGAAUGAUAUUUUAUGCAGCCAAUCAGCAUCAACGCCAGAUCAUAAAGGACCAAUCACGUUUUCCAACUUUAGAAUUUGUCGGAUUAUACAAAAAAGAACACGAAAACAUAGAAUUUCUUCAAAGUAAACAACAAAAAAAAUGUAAAAUGCAUCCGAAUUGUUCCAAAACUGACUGCCAUUUGAAAAUUGUUAAAACAGCCAUAAUAAUCCUUGGAAUGUAUUUUCUUGUAUGGAUUCCCGCCCUGUCAUUGCCGCUUGUGAUGUCAAUUAAAAAGAACAAUGACGAUAUUUGGAUUUAUAUGACAUUACAUUAUUGUUGCUUUAUUUUAAUACUCUUACAAGCUUGCAUCAACCCUGUUAUCUACACAUACAGAAUGAAGACCUUUCGGAGAGCGUUUCAGAAAAUCCUUCUGAAAAACAAUAUAAAAGAUUUAAAUGAUGAGUCUAAUACAUGCGAAACGACUCCGAAUUUGAAAUGACUCAUACAGUUAUCGUCUAGUCUAUACUAUACAUUAAAGCCAUUGGAACCUCAUGAUAUAAAAUGUCAAGUAAAAAUGAAAACUCCAUUUUGCCUGCUGUUUGUGAUUAGAUAUGAUUGAUUAUUAUUUGUAAUAACUGCCUCAGUGCCAAAAAUAUGAAUGUAACUCAUCAGGUAUUAUGACGAUUCUUAUGAAUAGAUAAAUUUAAUAAACAUGCAAACAGCCAAUACAUGUAUGAAUAAACCCUGGUAUUUCCAAUAGUUUCAUCUUGUACUAGGUAGUCUAGCUACAGGCCUCUGUGACCCCCUCCCCUUCUUGACUGAACACCUUCUCACACAGAGUUGUAGGGGGGGGGGGGUACAACGGCUUGUAACGAGACUAAGUACUAAACUCUCAAUUUUUUUAAUUGAC